CAACCAGUUGAAGUGUUCGCCGGUGGCGCGUCCACAAAUCUGCGUCCAUUCAAAACGUUCACAUCUGUUUAAACACGGAUGUACCGGGCGGGAGGUGUUCAGAGCGAGAGACGGGAUACUUUGUGCAAGCAGUUAAAAAACUUAAAAUUGUCCGGUUGAAGCGAAUACACUCGUAUGGAGUGAGGUGCCGCUGCUAUAAUGGAGCUCAGCAGGGUAGAGGUGCCACUUUAUGGUCAAGUGGAAGUCUGCGGUAAGCUGCAGGAGUCUCAGUGUGUUCAGGAGGAAACUGAUUACUAUGUGGUCCUCGUGGGCUCGUCCCUUCACCAUGUGACCCCAGCCCACAGAACUGAGGACCACGGCUCACUGAAAUUCACUGUUCCGGGUCAUGAUGUUCCAGAGAAAGUGUCUUUGAAGUUCUACAGCUGUACGAGGUCCAGCAGUAAUUUUCCCAUCAGCCCCCUCUCCCAUUCACAAGAGCUGUUUCUGGAGUACAUACAAGAUGAGGCUCAAGAGGUGGCGGAGCAACUGAUGACCUCUGAUCCCUUGACCUCCAGUAACCAUGAGGACAUCCUAAGGAAAUACUGCCCGGAGAACGAAAUCUCAUCUCAACAGAAUCAUUUAGAUAAGACUGGACAGCAUGAGACGGAUGGGAUUUCUGAUCCGAAGGAAUUAUUUCAAUCUAAAAUACCAGAUGAGACAAAACAGGGGCUAUGUGUUUGUGAUCAGGGAAAUUACAGCCUGAGAGAAGGUACAAGAACUUCUGAGGUUGCAGAGCACAAAUGCACAGCGGGACAACACAAUGCUUUUGAUAAAAAAACCACACAGGCCCUGGCUAACUUGCACUUUCUGGAAUGGGACGGCCAAACUAGACGGGUGAAUCAAGAUCUUCAGACUCUUCUUCACACGGUCGGAUGUUUAGGGUUUUCCCACCUCUGCCACUUCCUCCUCCAGACGUCUGAAGGUCAGGGGAUGGUUCCCACAGUCAGCGUGGAAGAAUCAAGUUCUCUUACACUGGCUGAAAAGCACAGAGACUCGAUGCUCAUCAGCGCUUUAACAAAUAUCUCCAAGCCCGUGUGGAUGUGUCAGGUCUGGACCGACGGUUCGCACCAGCUCCGUUUCUGUCCUGUCACGGAAUGGGUUUGCCUGUCUGUCAAACACUGCACACAAAUAGAUGCACAAAGCAGCAUCCAGCUGUACAGAGACCAGUGCAGAGAUACAGAGACGCUCACACGGGUAAGGCGUCUGAGGGAGUCGUCUGAAGGGAGCACACGCAUAUCUGAUUUAUUUGACAGAGAUCAGAACAGCCCGCUGGUACCUGAAGACCGUACCCUGGUGGAUAGUGUCUUUGAAGAACAGCUUGUUCUUUGUCUUGAUGAAGAGGAAGACGAUCUAAACACGUUUUACACAGAGAUGUGUUCCUCUCCUGGCUCCUGCACUCCGUUUCAACUUCAUUCCUCAGACGCUGCCUCCGUCAGACUCGCAGCAAUGCUUAGAAGCUCCACUAAGGAUGAUGACUUCAAUCUGAAGUACUCUGUUCCUGGAGUCACAGAGGACAGCUCUGGGACAGAUAGUGGGAUGUGGCAAAUGUCAGGGGUCCUGCCACCAGGGGCAACAGAUACGCCUCCACUUAUUAAAGAUGAAGAAGGGCGAAAGGGAAGGUCUCCUGCCUCUCGUGCCUUCUCCCCAACGUCUCCAGCUGGAUUGAUGCUGGAUAGACUCAUGCGGACCACCCGACCCGCUGAACUGUCCUGUAACACUUCAAACUCGCCUACAGAGUCAUGUGACCUGAGCCCGAGUUUGGUGGCCUUGGAAAUGGACAGUGAAGAGGAUGACGAUGACGACAUGUUAAUGAAGAAGCCUCUUCCCCAGCCAGCCCUCGAGCUCAAAAACAACGGAGACGAACGUAUGAAAUACAACCCCACCCCUGAUCUUACCUGCACUCGUUCUCACUCCGCCUCCUCUGCAUCUAACCCCGCCCCUGCAAAGGACGUUGAGCAAGGUAUCCGUCUUCGUUCAUAUUCCUACACCUCUCCCAAAAUCAGCCUGCUGCCUCCACGAUUCAGUAGGGAUGCCCAGCCUCCACCCACCGACCUCAACCAGGAUGGCGCCCUCUCCAGCAGCAGUGGCAGCAGGUCUCUCCUACAGGCACUGUCUCUGUCUAAAUCUCUCUCUCUUCUCAACCCUGUUAAACAUCGCGCCAGCAGCACAUCAGAGCAAGCUCAAGAGAAAAGGGAGUUAAGGUUUCGUAGACGUGCUCAGUCGGCUGAUGAUGAGACCAGCACAGAACUGGCUGACUCCCUCCAACACCUCACGCUCUCCGAAUUCCUCAAAGAGAUCGAGGAAGAGGAAUGGGACAAAUAUAUCAUCCCUUCCAAAACCGAAUCGGAAAAAUACAAAGUCAGCCGCACGUUCAGCUUCAUCAAGAGCCGGAUGUACAGCACUCGCAACAAGAACAAGGGGAAAGGGAAGGAGAGAGAAACCAAAGACAAGCUGGUAAAUGGACACCAGUUCUCAGCAGGAUCUGUCCUGGGGUCGACACUUUGUGAGAUCUGCGGAAAGCCAGCUUCUGGUAAAGACGUCCUCCACUGCACAUACUGUGCAGUGAGUGUCCAUAAGGGCUGUAAAGACUCGACUACGCCAUGCCAGAAGAAACCACAUGACAAAUAUUCAGUAAUGGCAGUGAAGAGCAGGACAGCCUCUCUUCCUCAAAAUUUCACAGUGCGUGAAAGUUCCUCCUCGUCCUCUCAGGUGUCCCCCUCUGCCUCUCUUCCUGUGAUGACAUCGCGAGACUCCACCCCUCUUCCCUGUCCCCUGUCCAGAAGUGUGCCUGCAGUCACUGAAAGGCUUAGUGAGAGCCCAGAUGCGGAUAGUGACUCCUCCCCCUGGCGAAACCACAUCCAACCGGAGGAUCUCCUUCAAACGUUGGAGUCUUCAACAUCUACAGAUUCAUCUCUCAUUGAAGACUCGGUUGACUCUCCGCUGCAGACAGAGCUAAUGAUGAACGCUGUGGAUUUGGAGGCGGAGUCAUGGAGCCUUUCGGUGGAGCCUCAGUUCUGUAGGAUGCAAGAAAAACGCAUCAUCAAGAGACAGGAUGUCAUUUACGAGUUCAUGCAGACUGAACUCCAUCACGUUCAGACCCUCAUGAUAAUGGCGGAGGUCUUCAGGCAGGGAAUGCGGGAAGAAGUCGGACUGGAUGCGGACACUAUUAAUCGGAUUUUCCCGUGUUUGGAUGAGUUACUCCUGCUGCACCGUGACUUCCUGUCAGCGAUGAGGGAACGGCGGCAGAGCUGUGUCCAGCCCAACAGCAACAAGAACUACCUCAUUCACCGUGUGGGGGACAUUUUUCUGCAACAGUUCUCCCAGGAGAAUGCAGAAAAGAUGAAACAGGUGUAUGGCGAAUUUUGCAGUCACCACACAGAAGCGGUCAGUUUCUUUAAAGAGCUUCAGCAACAGAACAAGAGAUUCCAGCUGUUCAUCAAACAACAGAGUAGCAACUCAUUAGUAAGGAGACGAGAGAUCCCCGAAUGCAUUUUGUUAGUGACGCAGCGAAUCACAAAGUACCCUGUCCUCCUGGAGAGAAUACUGCAGUACACAGAGGAGGAAGAAGAACAUGCUGACCUGUCUCGUGUGCUAGUCCUGAUCCGAGAGCUGAUCUCAGCUGUGGAUCAGAGUGUGAGUCAGUAUGAGCAACACCAGAGACUGAGCGAAGUGUUGGGUCGUAUGGAGAAUAAAUGCUCGGCCAAGCUGAAGAGCGGCCACACCUUCCGCAAGCAGGACAUCACCAGCGGCAGGGCUCUGCUGCACCAGGGCCCUCUGCUCUGGAAGACGGCCACAGGAAGGUUAAAAGAUGUGCUGGCACUUUUGCUGUCAGAUUCAUUGGUGUUCCUUCAGGAAAAAGAUCAGAAGUACAUCUUUGCUGCUGUGGACCAGAAGCCUCCAGUGAUCUCCCUGCAGAAGCUGAUCGUGCGAGAGGUGGCCAACGAAGAGAGAGGCAUGUUUCUGAUCAGUGCCUCUUCGGCUGGGCCUGAGAUGUACGAGGUGCACGGUGCCUCUAAAGAUGAACGCAACACCUGGAUGAGACUCAUCAGGGAAGCUGUGGAGAAUUGCCCUGAAGAGGAGGAAGAAACCACAAGCGAGUCCGAAGAGGAAAGAAGAGUUGCUGAAGCAAAAGUCCAAAAAAUCCACAGGCUGCAAGAGUCUCUGUGUGGCCACGAUCAGUUGAUCUGCGCCAAUCUGGAGGAGAAACUGCACAUCUACGCCGAGCUGUCGGUCAUGGUUGGCCACCGUGAAGCAGGACCAGACCCCAGGCUGCUGGUACGACCCAGUACUGAAGAUAUUCCUCAGGCUGCAGUGCUGCUCAACGCUGCUCUUAAAGAGGCGGAGAACUUGAAAGCAGCUCUCUCCUCCCACUGCGCUUCUCUUCCUAGUCUGUCUGAUACAGAGGACCAGGUCCAACAUGAACCCUGCACCUCCUCCUCAUCUCUUGAGGUCCAGAGCCCUCUGACUGACACCUCACAGUGUGAGGAAGAGGAGCUCAGAGGAGAGGAAGGUGUGGAAGCACAAGGCCUUAAUCUCAGUACAACCGCUCAAUUACAGGUGAGUCAGAGCGUCCAGAGUUUGACUCAGCUGCUGUACAGUCUACAGGCUGCAGUCACUAUCCAAGACAGUAGCUAUGAAGUCCAAAGGCUCCUCCUCCUUCUGUUAUCAAGCCCGUCCCCUCAUCCACAUUCCCGGCCGUUUCCCAUCACUCGCAGCAACCAGGCCCUGCAGGAGCAGGAGCGGCAGAGGGAGGCAGAGCGUCGGCGGGAGGAGCUGGCAGACGUGGCCCGUGUCCGGAGCGCCAUGGUGCGGGAACGCCAGCAGUGGGAGCGGGAGUGCCAGGCGCGACAGGUUCAACAGAGAGAGACGGAGUUGGCGUUGGAAGGAAGGGAACUUUUGUGCCACCUAGAGGAGCGGAGGAUACAGAGCGAGCGACAGGAACUCCAGGAGCAGCUGCAGGAGUACCAGCAGAGCCUGGAGAGGCUGAGAGAAGGACAGAGGAGCGUGGAGAAGGAGAAAGAAAAACUGGACACUCAACGCAGGCUGCUCGAGAGUUUAAAGCACGAAUCACAGCAUAAUCUGGUCAUACCGCUCGAUGGACAGCAGACACAGGACGCUGGUCACCUGUGUGGCGAGGACGAGCAUGGAUCCAUUUUCGUGAACGAGGCAGCGUUUAUGUCUCCCUCUUUAAACAACAGACACGUCCACCUUCAUCAUUCACACCCUCAUCAUCAGACGACCCAUCCGCAUUCAGGAUCCUUAGGAUUAUCCGACUCUCCCAGUGCUCAGAACAGUCUCAAUUCACUGCUGGCCCGAUCGAAUCACAGAGGCAGCUCUGUUGGAGUGUCAGAAGAGAGCUGGACUGGAGGCAUAUUGUACACGGGCCCGCUGAGAAGUCAAGGAACAGAGAGUCCAAGCAAUGAUGAGGGUCAGCUCAGUCACGGCCCAGAAUCUUGGUGUGCAGGAGUCACAGGGACAGGGCUUUAUCAAGAUGACGUCCUCCUCGUGAACCAGCCCUUUGAUACCAUGGAGACAGAGAACAGAGAUGCUGAUGGAGAGGAGAAUAUUGUGUAUCUCUGAAACGAACACGCUUGAAUUGGUUUCGAAACAAGGACUUGAAUUUGCAUUUUAAGAUUUGAACCAGAACUUCUGUGACAUUCUCUGGACUUUAUAGCACUUAUGUCUGUGUGAGACAUAGGGUACUCACUGUCGAGACAUAGGGAAUUCACUGUCUGAGUGGCUGUACUUUGCUUUAUAGCCUGGAGGCUACAAUGACAGAAUCAGGUUAGGCACUUUCAGCACACUUUUAGUCACACACAAAAACCCAAUCCCACCCAGAUGGCUGUGCAAUGUAAUUGUUGUUCCUUGUCUGUUAACAGUAACUGGACAAUAAAAUACAGAUAAACAGCAGAUAAACAAUAACUACUAAAAGCAUUCACCCCAAGCUGUUUGACUCAGUGUAGGUUAUUAUGCAUGCAUUGCUAGCAUAUGGAUUCACACUGUCACCUCUUUCCAAUUCAAUCUCACACAUUUGGAAACUGGUUUCACAUGUUCGUAUGAAGAAUACGUCAUAUGUGUUCUGCCGUAUUCCUCUAAAAUAGAAAUUCAGUGCUCAUCAUGCAGGUGUAGAACUCAUUGCCUGUUUGUCAGAGAUAUACAGUAGUAACCUAUAUACAUAUUUUCAUAUGCAGUCAUAUUCUGGAAGGUCUCCUCAGCACACGAGCAUUCUCUAAAUCCGUCUCUAACCACAUCUAAACUGAUCUCUGAAUAUAUUGCCAUAUUGGCCUUAAGGCUUUUUUGCAUUUUGCAAGUGUCAGUUACAUUACACACAGGUGCCGUUUCAUUGUUUUAUGUGGAUCAAGACUGUCAUUAUUUUUGGUUAUGGAUAUAUCUUGCAAAAGCAUAAAUUUAACUCACACUUCAAAGGCCCUAUUUAAAUUCAAGCCACGAGUGUCAUAAGAAAACUAUUAUAACAGACAAGUACUGGGGUUUAACAUGCACUUGAAUAAAACUAACAAGAAUGAUAUGUCUAUUUUGCUUUUUUAAAUGAUAUAAUUGUACUGAAAAUAUACAGCUUUUUUACUGUGCAUGAAAACUUGCUAUAUUUUGUGUUGUUGCUUCCAAAGCAUAGAUUUUAUUUAUUGCUUAUACUUUAAAGAACAAGUUUUUUUGUACAUAGAGCAUGUUUUGUAUAAUUGUUGUAUGUAGACAUUGAAUGUAGUUUGACUGUUGUAUCAAAGGUUAAAUGUAGUAAAUAUGUUCUUACGUUCAUUUAAAGCUUUUUCUUGUUUCUUCAUAUCGUCGCUGUCCUUCAGAAACCUUCAGGAAAUGGAAAAACACUAUACUUUUUACAUGAUUAAAAUACUAUGUUGUCAAAGUUGACAAGCACUUUUUAAUAGAUUGGUUAGAUAUUUGUAAAACCCAGAGACAAACAUAAAGGGUGAUAUGUUUAUUUUAUAAGCACCAUGAUAUCUGAUGAUAACACAGUUUGCUGUUAAUGAAAGAGAAUUGCUUGGGACAAAUGAAAGACCAUCUGAAACCCAUUUUACUUCUGUAUUAUUUAUUUUCAAAUGAUAUUCAAUAAGAAAAAACAUGUACUGUAAGGCGGUACUUAAGUUUAUACAUGUUUUAGAAAUGCGGUCUCUGUAUGACAGGUGGUUGAAAAAGUAAAAAGUGGGUUAACACCUGAAUUUACAGAGGUGUCGUUUUAACAUUCUGGCAAAAGGUUAUUGGGACAUUAUUUCCUUUAAAAUAAUCAUAUGUGCUGAUGAAUCAUUAAAAACAGGGAUAUGUA